AUAAGAAGCUGGAUGAGUUCGGAAAAUUACAUUUAUUUUCCGUGUAGGAUUGGGCUCGUAGUGCGUAACUAACCUUGUGUGUGUUAACAUCAACAAACAUCCCAGAUUUCCAUAUUUCCGUCUCCUGCAGGCGUCCACGAUGACCAAGCGUUCCGGAUGGUACUACGAGAAACGACAGCUGCGCCACACGCCGAGCAUUGUGAAGGGCAUGAGUGUGGAGCAGGAGGUGCAGUACCGGCGGGAGGGUGCUCGCUUCAUCCUGCAGGUGGGCAACAAGAUGGGCUUACGCUAUGAGACAAUGGCCACUGGUGUCGUCUACUUCCACCGGUUCUACAUGGUGCACGCCUUCCAGUCCUUCCCCAGACAUGUGACGGCUUGCUGCUGCCUCUUUCUGGCAGGCAAGGUGGAGGAGACGCCCAAGAAGUGCAAGGACAUCAUGAAGACUGCCAAGAGCCUGAUGGAUGAAGUCACGUGGGCAGAGUUUGGUACUGAUCCCAGGGAAGAGGUAAUGACACUGGAAAGGAUUCUGCUGCAGACCAUUAAGUUUGAUUUCAUUGUGGAGCACCCAUACACUUACCUGCUCAAGUAUGCCAAGUGCCUCAAAGGUGACAAGAAGAAGCUGCCCAACAUGGUACAAAUGGCCUGGACCUUCGUUAAUGACAGUCUUUGCACAACACUGUGUCUGCAGUGGGAGCCGGAGAUCAUUGCCAUUGCCCUCAUGUACCUCGCUGGCAAGCUAAGCAAAUUUGAGGUAACGGACUGGACAGGAAGGCAGCCUAAACAUCAGCGUUGGUGGGACAUGUAUGUGGAAGGCAUCUCUAUGGAGCUCCUUGAAGACAUCUGCCAUCAGGUGCUUGACUUGUAUUCACCAAACCGCUCAGAGUCUGGCGGCAGCUCCUCUGAGGCGUCUGCCAUCACAAAGGCUGCUAUACCAAGGAGACCCACCACACCCCCUCAGACACCCACUGGCCCCCCACCAGCCAAGAAGAUGAAGAAGGAGGAAGUAAAGUCAUCGCCAGUUAAGACAGAAGCUCCAGCACCCACCCAGUCUUACCAGUACCCUUAUCAAUACUCAAACUAUCCGGCCUCUUAUACAGCACCAAGCACAUCGCAGACCCCAUCCCCUGCUGCACCUCAACGCUACCCCUACCAGUACCCAACUUCCACCACACAGGGUCCACCGCCACCUCAGGCCCCUCCUCCACAGGCACCCCCACCAAACUACCAGCCCCCACAGAGGCAUUACACUCCCCCUGCUCCUGUCUCCUCUCAGACUGCACCUCCUCCACCUCCUCACUAUACCACCCAGCCACCUCCCACUCACUAUUCCUCCACUCCCCACCCUCCAUCCUCAUACCAUCCGCCUUCCACUGCCACACACUAUCCCACUCCACCCGCCACACAAACUAUACCUCCCCAGAGCCACUACCCACCACCACAUGGCUCAACCUCCUCCUCCUCCUCAUACUACCCAGCCCCCAAUGCUCCCUCCUCUAGCAACCAGCCCUCCUAUCAAGUGCCUCCCAGCUCUUCCUACCCUCCUCCUCCCAAUUCCUACUCCCACUCCAGCUCUAGGCCAUAUUGAUUACCGGCUAGUUUAUGGCAAAAUUUACUACUAUUGUUGAUGUACAAUAAGGUAAAUAGUUCUAGUUAAUCUUUUUGUAUAUAAUUUUUAACUUUGUACAUUCUGUGACAGCAGAGAUGCUUUGGGUCAGCAGUGCUCACCAAGGUUGUCUCCUCAUUGUUUGUAUGGCAGGUUUGGGUUGAUGCUGCUGCUGCUCCUGGCACUUUUAGAACAACUUGUGGCACUGCUAAGCACACACACACUAUUGCCUCAGCCUCAACUUGUUCCAAGAGAACUGGUGUGUUUGAAAUUUUGUCUGAUGUUUGUCUGACCAGUGUUGUGUUCCAACUUUGUAAGCAGAAUUAUUACAUGCAAUUAUUA